UGCGGCCGCGCACUGCCAGCAAACUUUUUUCCUUCUCCCCAAAAAUGAUUUUUCACUGUGGGGUGGGUGAUGUCGGGCGGAAUGGGCGGGUUGAAACAAUUUCUGAACCCAUCCCCCCGACUACCUGUCCAAUCCGCACGAGCCCGCUAGCCCUGCUUUUUCUGUUGGCUGCUAGGCCCUGCACGUGAUGCCGCUCAGAUGCCCAACCUCUUGCUGGGGAGACGCCUUUGCAAAAAAAACCGGCCCAUAUACGCCGACAUCAGUCGGCACUAUAUGUUGCCAGCGCCCUCAGCUCCAUCCACUUUGCGAUGGCUUCAUGCGUGCUACCCUUGCUCCACAAAAAGCCCGGGUGUUGGGCUGGCCUCUGGCCUGGCCCAAAGGCCCAGGGGCUAAACAGAAAACAAAAAUGUGCUUGCUGGCCUUCGGCUGGGUGACAUUUUUUGCAUGCUGUGGCAGAUCCCCACACGAAUAGCUCUUUUCCAUCAAACUGAUUUUUCUUUUGGUUAGAGCUGAAAAAAAUGCCUUUUGAAACUCAUGCCCCUGGCUCAUUAUCGCU